AUAUUUGCGAAAAUUGAAAACAAAAGGAUUUGGUGGUUUAGAUGAUUGGAUUUGGGUGUAGCUUUUAUGUUUUUUAAAAUUUUUUAUUUUAACGGAUUAAUUUAUUUCUGAAAAUUCUGAAAUCCAAAUCGGGAAAAAGAAACCGAAAACCUAACUGACGGUUGAGUUUGCGACAAGAUGCCGAAGAAGAUGGGUGUAAACAGCAAGGCCGAGGUUGCGCGUGCACGUAAGAGCGCCACUGAAUCGGAUCGGAAAGAGCGGGAAGCCCGGGAGAAAGAAGAGCAGUACUGGCGCGAAGCCGAGGGUCCUAAAUCCAAGGCUGCCAAGAAACGCGAGGAGGACGCCGAGAAACGAGCCGAAGCAGCAGCUCGCCGUGCGGAGGCACGUCGUCAAGCCGAGAUGGAGGAGAAGGAGAUCGAUAAAGCGAUGAAGAAACCGGAAAAGAAGGCGAACCGCGUGUCGAUUCCGGUGCCGAAGGUGACGGAAGCGGAGCUGAGGAAGAGGAGGGAGGAGGAGCAAGCGGAGAUGGCGAAGAAAGCAGAGGAGACGAAGAAGAGGCAGAGUAGGACGGCGGCGGAAGAAGAGUAUGAGAGGAUGGUGUUAGCGACAAACACGAAUAGGGAUGAUUCCGUGAUUGAAGCAAGAAGUGUGGAGGAGGCAAUUGCGCAAAUGUCUGUGGCGGAUAAUCUUCCCGCGGAUCGCCACCCUGAGAGGCGGCUUAAGGCCUCCUUUAAGGCAUUUGAAGAAGGUGAGCUUCCCAGGCUUAAAGAGGAGAAGCCGGGUCUUACUCACACUCAAUACAAGGAUAUGAUAUGGAAACUAUGGAAGAAAUCUCCUGACAAUCCUCUAAACCAGAUCGCUGAGUGAAGAGUGAUCACUGCUAAGAUUUCCUCAGGCUAGAAUAUCAGGUGCACGGAUGGGAAAGUGGGUACAGGUUCCUCUCUUAACUUCCAAGGAUGGGCUAAACAAUAAAGUUCCUUGGAUCGUGAGAUGACGACAUUUUGCUGCGACCUGAGAAAGAAUUUUACCUGAUAAGUUAUGUUCAUAUGAAAUGUCAUUCAGCCAUUCAAAUAGAUCCGCAAGUGAUACAAACAGCUCUUGUUUUAUGGACUUAGAUCUUGGAUUGAUACUCAAGUGGUAUUGUUAGUUAAAAAUACACCUAUAUUAAACAUGCAUUUUUGGGA